GUAUACUAGGCACUACCCACACCAUUCAUAGCAAAACAACAUCACCGAUAUAUAUAUACUACUCUAUCAUCAUAUAGCUUUGAAGUCCAACAUGGGAAACUGCUUCUUCGGGGCCAUGUCAGAUCCUCAUGCACCCAUCAAAGUCAUAACAUCAAACGGUGGAAUCAUGGAGUUCAGUGCUCCGGUCACCGUCAGUUUCAUCACCAACGAGUUCCCAGGGCACGCCAUAUUCAGAAGCCACGACCUCUUCUGGAAACCACUCAGCCAAUUCCAAGAGUUGGAGGCAGGUCAAUCUUACUAUCUGCUACCACUCAACAACAACAAUACCAACAAUACCAACAACAAUAGCAGCAACAAUAGCAGCAACAACGACAACAUAGACAUCCCAUGUGGUGUUGGUGAAAAUGUAAACGUUGUGAGACAAGGGCAUGUGAGAUCUCACAGUGUCCCUACAACCUCUUACCCUGCCUUGUAUAGAAUGUCCUUGGACUACCAGCACCACCACCUCAAGAGAUCCUCCAUUGAAGCCUUCUCUAGCAGCAACAUUCACGGUGGAGUUGGUGGUAGCAGUAGGUUUUGGAAAGUGAAGCUUGUGAUCACCCCAGAACAGUUGCUUGACAUUUUGGCACAAGAGGCUCGCACCAAGGAGUUGCUACAGAGUGUAAGGAUGGUAGCAAAAUGUGGGGAUGCUGCAGGUACCAUUUCUGAUCAGUGGAACCUUUCCAGCACCAGUUGGAGCAUUUCCUCUAAGAUUGAUGCCUUAGUAGGCAUUUAAUUAGUACAUACUAUAUCAAACAAUUGUAGCAACAACAUUACUUUUUUUUUUCUCUUUGCCUGCUUUCUUCCAUUGCUAUUUUUAUCCAUGCAUGCUUUGUAUUUUGUUUCUUCUGUGAAAUUCAAUGUAGAUUACCUUCACACAUCAAACUGCAGAAUUUUCGAGCUUUUGUUUGUA